CUGUGGAGAUUGCGCUUAUCGCUUCAUAGUCAUCGCCACUUCGUGCUAGUCAACACCGGUGGCAUUCGCGUCCUGGAUGGCUGCACUUGGUACUCCGGUGUGAGAUUUUCCCCCGAGGACUUUUGACUUUUAAAUAAACAACUAUGACUGACCCAACGACACAAGAAACCAUUCCGGUCCCGGAUCCCACAAUUGUGGAUCCUUCGGCUAUAAGAAACGGCGGAUUCGCUCCGGAUGCGAACCUGUCUAAAAGACCGAGUCAGGGCGACCCUUUCAGUAUGGACCGGGACCAAGAGAUGAAAAUCACCGACAGCGUUGAGGGACAAGGCCUGUUGGAAAGCAGCACGAGACUAAAACCUCAUGAGGCCCAGGACUACAGGAAGAAGGCAUUGUGGGUGUCAUGGAUCUCCAUAGUGGUGACAAUCAUCCUGGCAGUGGCAGCCUUCACUGUUUCAUUCAUGAGACACAGUGCCUCAGCCUUUGGAUUUGCUUUCGAUGCCACGUUGGACGUGUUAUCUUCAAUCAUCGUGCUGUGGCGCUAUAGCAACGCUGCGGCUGUCCAUUCCGCCCAUAGGGAGUACAUAGCGUGUGUGGUCCUUGGGGUGGUCUUCAUACUUUCUUCCCUGUGCAUUCUGGGAAAAGCCAUCCAUGACCUGGCCACCAAGCUGCUUCCUGAAGUGGAUGACUUCCUCUUCAGCGUGUCCAUUGUCAGUGGGAUUAUGUGUGUCGUCCUGGCUGUGCUCAAGUUCCUGCUGGGAAGAGUGUUGACCAGCCGAGCUCUCAUCACUGACGCGUUUAACUCCAUGGUGGGAGGCAUCAUGGGUUUCUCCAUCCUCAUCAGUGCUGAGGUGUUCAGACACCACCCAGACAUCUGGUACCUGGAUGGAUCCAUCGGAGUCAUCAUCGGACUUGUCAUCCUCGCCUAUGGGAUCAAACUGCUACUGGACAUGGUACCCCGGGUGAAACAAACCAGGAACUAUGAGCGCUUUGAGUGAGUUAACCACCAGAAGAUUGGGAUGCUCCCAGCACCAGGGUCAAACAUCCAGCCCUCCCCUACGCCUCUUCCCUCUCUCUCUCUCGCUCUCUCUCUCUCUCACUCACACACACACACACACACGUGCAUGUACAGAGGACAUAUUUUCACACACUUGUCUGGAGAGACAGAAGGAAGGGCAAAACAACAAGACAUUUAGAUGUUGUCAGUCUGUACAGCUACCCCUUAAUCAAGAUUUUUCCCCUAGCCAUCCCCUCCGACAAUUUCUCCUUACCUUCUGGCACAUUCUGUCCAUUAUUACUGCUACUCAGAGCCAUGGGGAAAGCAAGUAGGGAAUGGAAAAGGGGGAGAAAAUGUAUAGGAACAGGUUGGUGUUAACAGCUGGUCCAGGGGGCGCAUGUCUUUUUGAACAUCUUACAGUUGCUAAGCGAUCUGGAAGUCCAGGCAUUUUGAAGGUACAAAAUGAUCACUUUCAUAUUGACCCAACCUAGUGGGAUCUUUAGUCAAAUACCACAUUUUCCACGCCAACCCUCUUUAGUACGUUUUUCCUACCAGGACCUAACACAUAAUGGUUUGUGACGUUCUCAAUCAUUUCAAUCCAUUUGUGUUGUUAGAACCUAAAUAAAUUAUACUCAGGCCCGCUGCUGGCAACGAGCGGGGUAGAGUGGAACACUGCUUCUAUAUCCUGCCCCGGUCUGUUAUGACUGAACUCUAGUUCUGCGUGAGUCUCCAUUGCUAUCUACGAUUAGCAGCUACAUACUGCAGUAUAGACAGACUCAUAGGAACUGGAGCUACAUCUGUGCGCAGGUCACACAGCUUGAGUCCCAUGCUGUAAAUGAAUGUGCUCUCUGCCAGUUCUUUAUCUCCCUUCUUUUGACAUUACAGAGCACAGAAAUAAAUCACACAUAUAUGUAUCCCUCUGGGACUGGACAUCCAGUCAGACCUUCUCUGGCUACAGAUAGGAAAGAGAAAGAGCAAUAGAGAGGUCCUUAACUGGCCGGUAUCUGGAAGGGUUGUCUGUAGAGCUGUGGUAAAAAAAAGAAAAAAAGAAGAGAACUACACACAUGCAAAGCACAGAAUAUCAGACCUUGACCUGGAGCAAAGGACAGAGUAGUUAAAAGUUAACGUUGACUUUCGGGGCUCAGGGCGAAAAGCAAACUGUCGGCAUCAGUGAAACUAUGACAUUACAGUGUCACACCUAAGGUCUGAAAACAAAGCACACGCGUCAGUCACGGCACAGCCACGCACCCUCCCGACCUCACUAAGCACAUGGAGUUGCUCAUCCAUAAGGGAGCAAAAUCCCCAUUCCGCUGUGAGCUACUGGAGAAAGGUCAGGUAGCUACAGUAAUAACAGAUGUGCUCACCCGUACUGUUUUGUUCUAAACAGCAGUGUCGAAUCCUGUCAUAAUAAUGACUUCAUCCCUCUUCAAUGUCCUUAAUUAUCUAGUCAUGGACUUAAUUAUCUAGUCAUGUUUCAGUCUAUGCCAUCAAUGCUCAGAGCUCUGAACUAAGACAUUAACAGCCAGCUCAUUUAUUUGGCAUACGUUGUUUCUAUUUAUAAUGGUAUAUAUUUAUCUUUAUCAUUAUAUAGUAAGACAAAGAAAGAGAGCAAUUCUUUUUCACGUGAGACAAAAGUGACUGGUUCAGGUAGCGUUUGUAGAACACUGUAUUACAACAUCGUAUUAAUGAAUCGUAUUAACAAAGUGUGAAUUGUCAUGCUGUAGAUAAUAGAUGAUUACGUGCCAUGUUUCACAAAUACUAUACUUCAUGUGGGGAUACAUUCAAGUUUGAGCAAAAUGAAUACACAGAUCCCCAUUUAAUCUGCCUGUCCUGAUGAACAGGAAUCAACACAGACCCUCAAUAUGGUGUGAGGCCAUUGUUCACUAUCAGAGAACAGCGUCGCAGCAUAUUGAAUGAUCAUUAAGGGCGAUGUCCUUUAUUUUACUGGUUUCCUUUGCUUAACCCUGAUAGUAGUAAUGCGAGCAUGUUUCGUGUAUACUGUACGUAAAUUACUGUAAAUACAGAACAUGAAAUGUGUAUACAUGUUCAAUACACUCUUUAGUGAUAGGCUUCUAGCUGUACUGAACCAAUAUAAAUAGACUUGACAGAUUAAUUGUUUUAGUGUUUGUUCUUCUCCAAAUUCUAGAUUACUAUUAGAUUCCAUUUAAGUCCUAAUGUGCGUUUUUACACUGUAGGUUCUGCUCAGGCUUGAGUUAAAACACUGGAAACAUUCUGAAAUAGCAGUUUUCUUUACAUGUCUAUUUCAAGAUUUCACAGUGUGAUGUGUUCAAAGCAAAUCUUCUCAGAUCACCAACAGCACAUUCAUUUGUAUCAUCCCUUCCUCCACAAAGAGGGCAAUCACCUCAAGUCUUGGAAGAAGAAAAGCACAUGUUAGACAUUGAAUAGUAUAAGAGCCCCAGACAUACAGUGGGUAAGAAAGUAAUUAUACCAUUACAUUGACAGUUGAAUUUACUACAAAUAAGUAUAAAUAUUAUACAAAUACUGAGCUGUUGUAUAUAGUCUGCAAAUUCCCAAAGUUUGGAAAUGAUGUUAUUCUAUACUAAUAUAAUUUUGUUUAAAGUAAUUAAAAGGUACUCAAAAAAGGGUCAAAUUACAGAAUGUACACCUAUGUUUUCAAUAUCUUUUAAUACCUCACCUACCUCAGAAUAAUGGCACUGAGUGUUUUGCUGAAAUGUUUUAUAAUUUGUAACAGAUUUUGAGGGAUCAUAGACCAUUCCUCCAGAAUCUUUCCAGAGCCUUCACCUGUGCUUAUGGACUUGACGCUUUUUUGCGUCCACGGUUCUCGGGGUCAACAUCGUAAUUAACUUUCACCAGUACCAGGAUAUUUAGGCAAAAACUGUUAGGCAUUCUCCAGAAGGCUGACAACUUGGCGGCUAGGGGGAUUUUACAGCGAGAGAACUCCAAGCACACAUCCUAAUUAACAUUUUGCCUUGUUCAUCCCAGUCUCCACACUUCAAGCUAGUUUUAGAAGAACCAAUAUGAAAGAAUGUUGAAAGAUUCUUCAACUCAUAAAACAUUUUAGAAAAGGCUUAGUGCUGUUAUAAAGUGAGGUACUGAAAGGUUAAAAGAAAAAUCACUUUCUAUAUAUUAUAUUAGUAAACAAAUAAUAAUUUCAAUUUUAUUUUAUUUUUUGCAUACAAUAAAGUUCUUUAUAUGAAUUAUUUAUUAACUUUUUUUUAGUUGAACCUUUAUCAAUGGUGCACUAGUAUUCUCAGCUCAGUGGGUAGUUAAAUAAAUUGUAUAUUUUGUAUUGUGAUCUAAUUAUGUUACAAUACUGUACUUGAAUCAUCCCUGAUCUUACAUUUAAAUUACAUUAAAUUGUCCGUGUUCACUGCUUGUAAGGGCAGUAUACAUUCACACUAACACUAACUGCCUCAUUGCUUGAAUAUAAAGAUAAUCUAAAAGAUUUAAUUGUCAUUUUCUGUUGAAUUUGAAACUCUUUAUACUCAUGCCAGUGUAUGAUGUCGUACAUCUGAGUCUCAUACAACUGAGUAUUGUAAGGUGAAUAUACUGUAGAUGUGAUAAAUUGACUGAUGUUAUUAUAUAUAUAUAUAUAUAUAAUGGAAAUCAUUUAUUUGUGUAGUGUUGUAAUUGGCAGCAAUGCCUGUUGACUUAAUUGGCCUGUGCAUUGUAUUGGUAAUACUAGGACUGACCCAGGGAGAGAUAGAAACACAUGGGAGGAAUGCACACACACUAACUCAAAGCCCGUUUCACUAGUUUGAACAUGUGCAACAAUAGCGAUGCCUUCUACUGAUAAUUAAUUAAAUUAAAUUAUAGCAAUACUAGCCCUUUUCACUGCUUAGCUUUGCAUGGGCUGCCGCAAACCCUAGCGUUCUACAAUAAUAUGCUGUUAGCUUUUUCUAAAACACACACACAAACAAUUGUAGAGAUAUGUCAUCUUAAUGUAAAUUAUGACUGUGAACAGUUUGAGUGUAGAGCGAUGUGUCUGAUUGUAAAUAUUCUGAUGGUAUUACAGAUUAUGUAAACACUAUGUAUAUUUAUGUAGGACACAUAUCUGACAAUGUGAAACCUCUUUCUCACGGAGGAAAAGUUUUGUUAAAGAAUAAAGUUUUAUCCUGCUCAAA